AUGUCGUCAGGAAUGCUCGUCACCGACCUGGAAUCCAAGUUUGAGGCUGCCUCCACAGGGAACAAGUUGGCAUGGCUCAAUUCGCGCCCUGCACCUUCCUUCACUCCCAAAGACCUCUUUGAUUCUCAAUUUCGGUGGAUACUGCUUUUAAAAGUUGACUACAUGACCCAACCAGACUUCCAACGUCGCCCUAAAAUCCCUCCUUGA